ACACAAGAGUCCGGGUCAACCAUUAACCCGUUAGUCAUACCAUAUAUAACAUCACAAUUUACACGUAAUCACACACACACUACACACACACACUAUGAGACACCAAGAAGGAAGUUUGGACUUUCAUGGAUCAAGAUUACGAGAAGCCACCGUAAAGAUGGCUCAUCUUUACCGGAGAAUCGUCCGAUUAGACGUCCGAUGGAGUGUUUUACUCCAGAAGGUUUCAGUUUUUCGAGAAAUCAUUCGAUUGAUCUGGGAUAGAUUUCUUGCUUGUUCAAUGGGGAAACCAGUCCGGUACCGGAGAUUGUCUCAGCGGUCAUCUUCUCCGGUGGAGGAAUUGGAAUCUGGUUUUGACCUAGAAAACCCCACCACCACCUGCAACGGCUAUCAAGAAGAUUCAGAUUUGGUUACUCUCAAGAUUAGUUUAUUGGGUGAUUGUCAAAUUGGAAAAACAAGUUUCAUGAUUAAAUACGUAGGAGACGAACAAGAGAACGGAAGCUUGGAGAUGGCUGGUUUAAAUCUAAUGGAUAAGACGCUGUCGUUUGGUGGAGCAAGAAUUGCAUUUAGUAUAUGGGAUGUUGGAGGUGAUAAGAGAUCCAACGAUCAAGUCCCGUUAGCGUGCAAAGACUCCGUCGCAAUCUUGUUUAUGUUCGAUCUAACAAGCCGAUGCACCCUCCACAAUGUCUUAGGAUGGUAUAUGCAAGCAAGAAAAUGGAAUAAGACUGCAAUUCCUAUCUUGAUAGGGACCAAAUUUGAUGAUUUUGUAAUGCUUCCACCAGAUCUACAAUGGACCAUAGUAAAUCAGGCACGGGCAUACGCAAAGGUUAUGAAAGCAACGUUAUUUUUUUCAAGUGCUCGACACAACAUUAAUGUGAACAAGAUCUUCAAAUACAUCAUGGCUCGACUCUUCAAUUUACCAUGGUCUCUUCAACCCAAUUUAAACCAAGGGGAACCCAUUAUCGAUCUUUACUAGUCGGAGAAGGAACAUCGAUGAUCUAUCUACAUCUAUCUAGUCUUUUACUUUACUUGUAUAUAUAGUCUGAACGUUGGAACCAGAAUAGUCAGACUUUCACUUGGAUAUUAUCAUCUAACCUAACCCGCUUACAAAUCUAAAGGGAGAAGGUAAUUUUUGUUUUGGAAAAGCCGACUCUUUGUUGUUAAAUGCAUGAGCAUUUGAACAUGAUCUUUUUUUGUUUUAUAAUGACAUACUGUUUUGGAUUAUAUAAUAUUUGUUGAAAAUGUAUUCAAGUCACAAAAUUACUUUAA